UCUACUUCAUUUUUUUUCGUUUGUGCUUAUCUUUUUUGAGUGAAAUGAUGAUAUCCAUGUUAAGGUUUUGCAAUUCCUAGUUUGUUCACGUUCAGGAUUCCACAUUUAAAUAAGGUUCAUAAUCCCCUACCAUUACAUAAUUGCGUACGGUCUGUUCUAUCGUCUUAGCACCCUACAAACGUGUAGCAGAGAACAAAGAAGCAGAAAAUAGUAAAUCUGGUAUAUGAUACCAUGGAAAAUGGCAUAGAAUCACAUGAUGUGGCAGAAGAUAGAUUAUAUACAGAAGAUGGGACACUUAACAUUCACAAAAAUCCUGCCAGCAAGAAAAAGACUGGAAGAUGGAAAGCAUGCCGCUUUAUACUUGGGAAUGAGUGCUGUGAAAGAUUGGCGUACUAUGGCAUGAGUACAAACCUAGUGAACUAUCUGCACACCCGUUUCCACCAAUCAAAUGCAACUGCUGCAAAUAAUGUCACAACCUGGUCAGGGACAUGCUACCUCACCCCAUUACUUGGAGCAUUUUUGGCUGAUUCAUAUAUGGGAAGAUACUGGACAAUUGCUAGUUUCUCAAUUAUCUAUGUCAUUGGAAUGACACUUCUUACAUUUUCUGCUAUUGCCCCUGGAUUAAAGCCUUCAUGUGAUGCUAAUGGUUGUCAUCCAACAUUAGGACAAACUUCAGUUUGCUUUAUAGGACUCUACUUGAUUGCUCUUGGAACUGGUGGUAUUAAACCAUGUGUCUCAUCUUUUGGUGCUGACCAGUUUGAUGAAAAUGAUGUCACUGAGAGGAAAAUGAAGAGCUCUUUCUUCAAUUGGUUUUAUUUGGUUAUAAACAUUGGUUCACUCGUUGCUUCCUCAGUGUUAGUCUGGAUACAAACGAAUGUGGGUUGGGGAUGGGGAUUUGGAAUACCUGCUGUAGCAAUGAUCAUUGCAAUUAUAUUUUUCUUCUUUGGUAGUAAAUGGUACAGACUUCAACUACCUGGAGGUAGUCCCCUUACAAGGAUCUGUCAAGUUAUUGUGGCAGCAUGCAGGAAAGCUGGGAAACAAGUGCCAGAUAAUAAGUCUCUUCUUUAUGAGACUGCAGAUGCAGAGUCUAACAUCAAAGGGUGCCGCAAACUUCAACACACAAAUACGUUAAAGUUUUUGGACAAGGCAGCAAUAGAGGCAGAACCAGAGCACAGCACUAGUUGGCCAAACUCAUGGAGGCUGUGCACAGUGACACAAAUUGAGGAGCUGAAAUCCGUAAUCCAUCUGCUCCCAGUUUGGGCAUCCCUGAUAGCUUUUGCAACAGUGUACAGCCAAAUGAACACCAUGUUUGUGUUACAAGGCAACACAAUGGACCAACACAUUGGCCCCAACUUCAAAAUCCCCUCAGCAUCCCUCUCUCUCUUUGACACUCUCAGUGUCAUCUUCUGGGCCCCCAUCUACGACCGCAUCAUUGUGCCCUCAGCAAGAAAGUUCACUGGCCAUGAACAAGGAUUCUCACAGCUCCAACGCAUAGGCAUUGGCCUAAUCAUCUCCAUCAUCUCCAUGAUAGUUGCCGGCAUUUUGGAGGUUGUUCGCCUUCACAUGGUCAGAAGAAACAACUACUAUGAUCUCGAAACCGUUCCCAUGUCGAUAUUCUGGCAAGUGCCUCAGUACUUCAUUGUAGGAGCUGCUGAGGUUUUCACCAACAUUGGCCAAAUGGAGUUCUUUUAUGGACAGGCACCUGAUGCCAUGAAAAGCUUGUGUGCAGCUUUGUCACUCACUACUACUGCAUUGGGAAAUUAUGCGAGUACUUUGCUUCUUUUCAUUGUCACAAAAAUCACCACAACCCAUGGAAGGAUUGGUUGGAUCCCAGAUAAUCUUAAUAGGGGCCAUCUUGAUUACUUCUUCUGGCUUUUGAGUGUUCUUAGCUUGCUCAACUUCCUUGUGUAUCUCUGGAUUUCUAACCGAUAUACAUACAAAAGAACUCGACACUAAAUUCUUGUUGAGUAAUCAAGUAUCUUAUUUUAGUGAUUAUAAAACUUGUUUUAAGACAUGAGAUCGAUUUGAUG